AUGCGUUUUCCUAAACCACAAUCCGUUAAACAGUUACAGAGCUUUUUAGGUCUAUCGGGAUAUUUUCGGAAAUUCAUUCCUCACUAUUCUAUAAUCGUGAGACCACUUACAAAUUUGCUUAAAGCUGACGUUAAAUUUCACUUUGGCGAUCAGGAACUAAUCGCGUUUGAACAACUAAAGUCGAUCCUUAGUAAUAAACCAGUAUUAAAAUUAUACAAGACUAGUGCUGAUACAGAGUUACACACAGAUGCGUCAAUGUUCGGUUUUGGAGCAGUUUUAAUGCAGCGUGACAAUCUAGAGCCUCCCCGUAUAUGCCUGGCGCUGGCGCUACCGC